AUGGGAAUUUACGACGAAUGCGUGGACGUGCGUCAUCCGGUAAUAGGACAGUAUUGUUUGUCCGAAAUAAAUCUAAGCUCAUUGACGGGCAAAGAUUACAGUUUCAACAGAACGGACGAUCUAGACGAUUUUGGGAAUAAUAAUGCCUGGAAAACAAUACUCGGGUGGGAUGAUUAUCCGGACAAAGUGAAACGAAACAGCUUGAAUUUAGGAAUAUGCAUUCCGUAUUCAUGUUCGGCGUCAGACCUGCAAAGUUCAUUGCAAAACGAACUGGAUAAGGUGUUCACUCCAGAAGAGAUCAAGGCCGUUGUCAAAGUGGAUCCGAUAAUGUGCACUGUCAAAGGAGAUAUGUAUCCCUACAACACAUCGUACUACGUGACCAGGAUGUUUUUUUUAACGCUUGUUUUGAUUUGUUGCGGCACAACGUUGUAUCAUUACAUAAGAAUAUCAUACAAUAGAAAUCCAAAACAAACCACCGGUGAAAGUUUCGGUUCAUUUUGCGAUACAUUUUCAUUUAUUAAUUCAAGCAAAGCGUUGUUAAAAUUCGAUAAGAACAAUGAACUGAAUUCAAUCUACGGUUUUAAAGUGCUAAUGAUGCUAUUCGUUAUGUUGAUCCACAGAUUAUCGCAUUUAUAUGAUAAUCCAAUGAUUAACCCUAAACGCGUGGAAACUGUAUAUCACAAUGGUCCUGAUAUUGUAUUGACUCUUACGAACGUGGUCGACCCAUUUUUUUUCAUUAGCGGUUUCAUCAUGUAUCUGAACAUUUCUCGGUCAUCUAAAAAAGCUGAAAUAGGAAUCAAAAAAAUCAUAUCGCCAAUUUUCCACCGAGUGUCCAGAAUGUUACCGUCAUACUGCGCAAUGAUGGCGAUCACGGCACACAUCGUACCUCACCAUGGGGAUGGACCGCUGUGGCCAAAGAUAGUAUGGGAAGAAGCUGAAAUUUGCAAAAAUGAUUGGUGGACCAAUUUGUUGUUCAUAAACAAUUUUCUUGAAACCAAAUACGGAUGCCUCAUAGUGAACUACUACGUGUCUUGUGAUGUUCAGUUUUUCGUAGUUGGAGUAAUAAUUGUGUACGUUUACAUGAGAAACUCCAAAUACGGGAUUAGAUUACUCUGUAUGGUACUGGCUUUGUCUUUAUCCGUUCCGUUUCUGGUCACGUUUAUGACGAAAAGAAUCGGAAUAUGCUUAUUUCAUCUUCUAGGAAGCAUAAGAACUGUCUUGGAUGUAAAUAAGUCGUACAGAUUAAGUUACAUGCGAGCCACGCCUUUCUUUGCUGGUUUAGCCACCAGCAUUAUCGUUGAAAAAUUGAAAGAAAAAAAAGUGAAAUUUUCACAUUUCAUUGUCUAUAGUGGAACAUUCAUUAUUUCCAUAAUUUGUCUGUAUACUCAGCUUUAUAGUAUCAAAUUUUACUCUCAACAUAGACCUUAUUAUCCGUUGGAACAUGCUUUGUUCUCAGUCGUCGAUCAUUGUACGUGGUCGGUAUGGAGCAUGUGGUGUUCCAUUUGCUUGUUAACGACUGGAUAUGGUCCCUUUACAUACGUAUUUAACAAUAGACUUGUUGUGGUCUUGGGAAGACUCUCGUACUCAGUUUUUUUGGUGAACAUCACUGUCAUUAUGAUGUCUCAUGGUACAAUAAGAUCACCGUUUUACCUUUCAAAGAAAUCCGUGGUAAGAAAUCAAGUCGACAAUUUCUAG